UCUGACAAACCCAAGUCCGACCGACGACAAGAGAGUCAAAGAGCACCCUUCGCCGCUGCCAUCCCCCGCCCGACGAAGCGCUCUCCUCCCAUCGGCGGCGGCGGAGAUGGUGGGGUGGCUGAAGGCGCUGGCGUACGGCGCGGGGGGCAUGGCGGUCGUGGGGCUGGCGGCGCUGGUGGCGCUGCAGGAGCGCCUCGUCUACGUGCCCGUGCUCCCGGGGCUGGCCCGCGCCUACCCCAUCACCCCCGCGCGCCUCCGCCUCAUCUACGAGGACGUCUGGCUCCGCGCCGCCGACGGCGUGCGCCUCCACUCCUGGUUCCUCCGCCACUCCCCCACCUGCCGAGGUCCAACCAUUCUGUUCUUCCAAGAAAAUGCCGGCAACAUUGCACACCGUUUGGAAUGCGUUCGACUAAUGAUGCAGCGGCUACAGUGCAAUGUGUUUAUGCUUUCUUAUAGAGGGUACGGCGAGAGUGAAGGUUAUCCUUCUCAGGAUGGCAUCACAAAAGAUGCACAGGCCGCACUUGAUCAUUUACUUCAGAGGAAGGACAUUGACACAUCCAGGAUAGUUAUCUUUGGGAGAUCUCUUGGAGGUGCUGUUGGGGCAGUUCUUGCAAAAAAUAAUCCUGACAAGGUGUCUGCUCUAAUAUUGGAAAAUACUUUUACAUCUAUAUUGGAUAUGGCCGGUAUCAUGCUGCCCUUCUUAAGAUGGUUCAUAGGCGGCAGUUCUGCUAAAGGUCCAAAACUUCUUAACUGUGUUGUUCGCUCUCCAUGGAAUACACUUGAUGUUGUUGCAGAGGUCAAACAACCCAUUCUCUGCCUUUCUGGAUUGCAAGAUGAACUGGUCCCCCCUUCACACAUGAGGAUGCUGUACGACAAAGCUUCUGAGCAUAACAAGAAUUGCAGAUUUGUCGAUUUUCCCAAUGGUAUGCAUAUGGAUACCUGGAUAUCUGGAGGGGACCGUUACUGGAGGACAAUCCAAUUGUUUCUAGACCAAUAUGCUCCAGAAGUGCAGAGCUGUGAUACAAGCUGCGCAAGUGAAAUUGCUGACGAUGAUGAAGCUGCACAAUAACUGGAAGAUCUAUAGCAGCGUUAUGUUUUCCAGCAGUUUUUUGGAUGUCAAUGCAAUUCAAGUCACUGAUGAUUUAAAGAUCGCUUCAAGCCAUUAUUUCAGGUGAUGGUUCAGCUCCAUUCCACCUCAAGAAGCCAAAGCUGUGAAUAUAUUUUGAGGUUGUUCUCCACCCUGCGCUGCUGCUAAUUUGUCUGUGGAAGGGCAUAUAUAUUUCCGAGUGUGGUUUGGCCUUGAACUGCUGAUUUCUACAGUAUCAUGUUUGAAUUGGCUUAUUCAAGUAUUUGCAGUUUACUGGAGUUAGUAGUAGGGCAUCUCAGAAAAUCUGGCAUUGGUGUAUGACAAAUCAACAUAGGAUAAUAUUGUUGGCUCAGUCACUCAGUUUUGUGAUUUUGAUUGUUGCUACAAAUGUGAUUUCCUGUUUCUCCCUUUGUCUGUUGUACCAAAAUGGCAGUAAUAUCAAGAAAGAGAGUUGCAUAGGCAAAUGCAGCCUCUUUGAUUUGUAGGAUUAACAAAUGAAUUAGGAGGAGUGGUUCCUAUUAAAACUGUAGCAUUCCUGUGAACUGAGAUCCAAAUAUCCAAUAAAGGUCCAAACGUCCAUGAGCC